AUGAAACUCGCAGCCAUAAUCACCACACUCGCAGCCCAAGCUGCCGCCGUCGGAGUCUCCGGCGCAGCAGAGGGAUUCGCUAAAGGCGUGACUGGCGGUGGCUCUGCCACUCCCGUCUACCCUAGUACGACAGCGGAGCUAGUCUCAUACCUAGGCGACUCUUCAGCGCGAGUGAUCGUCCUAACCAAGACCUUCGAUUUCACCGGUACAGAGGGAACAACCACCGGCACCGGCUGCGCUCCAUGGGGCACCGCAUCUGCCUGCCAAGUGGCCAUUAACAAGGACAACUGGUGUACAAACUACCAAUCAUCAGCACCAUCAGUUUCUGUCAGCUACGACAACGCCGGGGUCCUCGGUAUAACCGUCAAAUCCAACAAAUCCCUCAUCGGCUCCGGCUCCGCGGGUAUAAUCAAAGGCAAAGGUCUACGCAUGGUCAGCGGCGCCAGCAACAUCAUCAUCCAAAACGUGGCCAUCACCGACCUAAACCCUAAAUACGUAUGGGGCGGCGACGCAAUCACAAUCAACAACGCCGAUAUGGUCUGGAUCGACCACGUCACGACAGCACGUAUCGGCAGACAACACAUCGUGCUGGGCGAAGACGCUUCCAAGCGCGUUACCAUCUCUAACAGCUACAUCAACGGGGUGAGCGAUUAUUCCGCUACCUGCGACGGAUACCAUUACUGGGGAAUUUACUUCGCUGGAUCAAGCGAUCUGGUCACCAUGAAGGGCAACUAUAUCUACCGCACGAGCGGACGUGCGCCCAAGGUGCAGGGUAAUACGCUUCUGCAUGCUGUCAAUAACUACUGGUACUCCAGCUCGGGCCAUGCCUUCGAGAUCGGUUCCGGCGGGUAUGUUCUAGCAGAGGGGAAUGUGUUCCAGAAUAUUCCGACGGUGGUUGAAUCGCCGAUUUCGGGACAGUUGUUUUCAUCGCCUGAUACGAAUACCAAUGCCGUCUGCAGUACGUAUUUGGGUCGGGUGUGUGAGAAUAAUGGGUUUGGGUCGUCGGGGGCGUUUAAGCAGGCUGAUACGGCGUUUUUGACGAAUUUCUCGGGCAAGAAUAUUGCUGCUGCGACGGCUUAUACUUCUGUGGUUUCUAGCGUUACGGCGAAUGCUGGGCAAGGAAAACUGUAA